CGAAAACAGCUUUCAGGUUCUCCCCGAAACCUGAACUUCUUCUUUCCCUUCUCUCUGCUAUCUUUAUCUUCCUCAACCUCCUCUCCAUUCCUUCAUCAAUCAAUCAACUCCACAUUAAGUUGUUUGAUCCGAUAUGGCUUCCACGCUCAGACUCGGCACCUCUGCCCUCCGCUCCAGCACUCUUGCUGGCAAGCCUGUCGUUCAGUCUGCUGUCCUCAAUGGCCUGCGCUGCUACUCUACCGGCAAGACCAAGUCCUUGAAGGAGACCUUCGCCGAUAAGCUCCCUAGCGAGCUCGAGAAGGUUAAGAAGCUCCGAAAGGAGCACGGUAACAAGGUCAUUGGCGAGCUUACCCUUGACCAGGCCUAUGGUGGUGCCCGUGGCGUGAAGUGCCUCGUGUGGGAGGGCUCCGUCCUGGACUCUGAGGAGGGCAUCCGUUUCCGUGGUCUCACCAUUCCCGAGUGCCAAAAGCUUCUUCCCAAGGCCCCCGGUGGCGAGGAGCCUCUGCCUGAAGGUCUCUUCUGGCUGCUCUUGACCGGUGAAGUACCCUCGGAGCAGCAGGUUCGCGACCUUUCUGCUGAAUGGGCUGCUCGCUCCGACCUCCCCAAGUUCAUUGAGGAGCUUAUCGACCGCUGCCCCAGCACUCUCCACCCCAUGGCUCAGUUCUCCCUUGCUGUCACUGCUCUUGAGCACGAGUCGGCUUUCGCCAAGGCCUACGCCAAGGGUAUCAACAAGAAGGAGUACUGGCACUACACUUUCGAGGACUCCAUGGACCUCAUUGCUAAGCUGCCCACCAUCGCUGCUAAGAUUUACCGUAACGUUUUCAAGGACGGCAAGGUUGCUCCUAUCCAGAAGGACAAGGACUACUCCUACAACUUGGCCAACCAGCUCGGCUUUGCUGACAACAAGGAUUUCGUUGAGUUGAUGCGCCUGUACCUCACUAUCCACUCCGACCACGAGGGUGGAAACGUCAGUGCUCACACCACCCACCUUGUUGGUAGCGCUCUGAGUUCCCCCAUGCUCUCUCUGUCUGCUGGUCUCAAUGGUCUGGCUGGCCCUCUUCACGGAUUGGCCAACCAGGAAGUUCUUAACUGGCUCACUGAGAUGAAGAAGGCCAUUGGAAACGACCUUAGCGACCAGUCCAUCAAGGACUACCUCUGGUCUACCCUCAAUUCCGGCCGUGUUGUUCCUGGCUACGGUCACGCCGUUCUGCGCAAGACUGAUCCCCGUUACAUGUCCCAGCGCGAAUUCGCUCUCCGCAAGCUGCCUGACGACCCUAUGUUCAACUUGGUCAGCCAGGUCUACAAGAUUGCUCCCGGUGUUCUGACCGAGCACGGCAAGACCAAGAACCCCUUCCCCAACGUUGAUGCUCACUCCGGUGUCCUCUUGCAGUACUAUGGCUUGAAUGAGGCCAACUACUACACUGUCUUGUUCGGUGUCUCCCGUGCCCUGGGUGUUCUUCCUCAGCUGAUCAUCGACCGUGCUCUUGGUGCUCCUAUCGAGCGUCCCAAGAGUUUCAGCACUGAGGCUUAUGCUAAGCUUGUUGGUGCUAAGCUCUGAAUAUCUUGAACGAUAUGAAAAUUUUGAGGGGGGGUAUAUCUUUUACGCUUGACAAGCACAGCCAUUUUUGUAUUAUUUAUUCAACGUCUUGAUUAGACACGGACGUACCAAGUGUUGGGGUUAGUUCGAUUAAUGUAUGAUAGGACUUGUUCGAGCGGGCCUUGUAACAACACUUAAUUCCAUGUCAUCCAUUAUUACUUCAGAUUGGACCUUAAACUAGAUGGGCACGCUGGAUUAACAACCGCGAUUGAUGGUUGAACGAUGCACAAGCAUAAGUACAAGACAAAUAAACACCAGAAAUAUAGCACAGAUAAC